AUGAAUCGCAGCUCUGAAAACGGAAGAUGGAACGCCACGGGGAAUUAUGAAGUAGCUUAUUUAGAGUCGUUUUUUGCUCGUGUAGCCAAGACCCUCGCAUUGUGUGUGGUACUGGUUGUUUCCUUGGUCGGGAAUAUACUGAUCAUCGUAUCCGUCUCUAAAAAUACUAACGGGCGAAUGCGAACCGUCAGCAAUCUUCUCAUCGCUAACACUAGCGUCGCUUACCUACUGAUAACCACAGUCAACAUCCCGGGCAAAAUUGCUGAAAUUAACACUGUGGGCUUCCCUAUUGGUGGAACUCUGGGGGACCUAGUGUGUGCCUUGAGAAAUUCCGUACCAUUUUUGACGGUAUCAUCAUCAACGCAGAGCUUCGUGAUCCUCGCUAUCGAUCGCUUCGUCGCUGUUUACUUCCCUCUUAGGCGAAUCUCGCACCAGUCUGCGUACAUUCUGAUCGGCAUUACAUGGUUAACGACACUAAUUUUUGGCGGUGUCUAUGCAUAUGGUAGCUUUGUUCAUGAAACGGACGACAUACGCCUCUGUAUGAUACACGUGAGCAGGACGUUUGGUGAUUUGCGCGGACUCGUUGCCUACGUCUGGGUGGAAUUCACUGUAUUCUCAAUCGUCCCCAUCGUGCUCGCAGUUUCUUUAUACACGGCAACAAUCUUAAAGUUAUGGCGCCGUACCACGCCCGGACGAUAUGGACUCCCAACACCGACCUCCUAUUCUGAGAAAGCGAACAGAAGCGCAGUUAGGAUGCUGACUAUCGUCCUUGUGACAUUUGCUGUACCGCGCAUCCCGUACUGGGUUUUCGUGAUAGAAUGCAGGGGCACGUACGAACAUUUUCUUGGACACUCUUUUUGUUCGUCAGAGACGUUCCAUUACGUGGAUACAUUUCUUGGAUACUCCUCGUGCGCUCUUGUGCCGUAUAUAUAUCCUUUCUAUAGUCAGAACUUCAGAGCAGGAUUUAAGGACAUUUUGCGCAGUCGAUGCCAGGGGAGAAUUGAAAACGGAAGAGUUUCUCCCUUACGCGCCCGCAAGACAAGCAGGCGCGAGAGCAAGCAAAUAACAAAACUAUGA